CCCAGCUCCCCGGUCUGGUCGGCUGAUAUCAUGCAUCGGAUGCACGGGAGAGAUAAGAGGAUCAGAUCUGCCGACAUGGGCAAGAAGUUCGGGCGGCGAGGUGUGUGAAGAAGCAAGCGCCACAAUGGGACGGCAGCAGGCUUCGUCGCCGAGAUGCUGCCUCGCAUCAUCAUGCAAACCUCAUCCAAGCAAGCUGCCGCCCUCCACCCCGCCUUCUGUCUCAUCGCCGAAAAUGUCCUUCACGGCCCAUUGAUCGUCUCCCUCGUCCCUCAUUGUUGGCACCGCCUCAUCUAGGUCACUAAACUGCAGUCCUUCGGUCAAAAUGGACCGCGAUGCGCUCCCGUCGCCGCAGACGGCGGAGCAGCCAAGCGCGUCACCAGCGAGGACAACCUUCCUCGAACCCGAAUAUCAAACCACAGAACCUGAACCUUCAGACGCGGGCACCCACCACUCCGACCACGAUGGCGACGACGAUGGAGAUCGCGCGAGCUCCGCUCACAUCCGGAUGGAGAGCCCGCAGCCGCGACCGCGACCUGGAAUGCCCAAGCGAAACACAUUCAAAGGUGGAAGCGCCAAGAACAUGCAAGAGGCAUUGCGGAUAGCGAGAAGAAGAGAGGAGCAAGAGACACUGCUGGGCGAUCACGAAGAGGCAGAUGAUGAUGGGUGUUAUCCUCCGCGAAAGAACGAUGAUCCCAGAGCGCCGAACCCACACAGUUCACUGCCUGUUUAUACAACGAUACAUAAGAUCAGACGGCUCGUCAUCGCCAGCAUAGACGAUCCAUAUAGCAGCGAGCAGCUGAAGAGUCCCAGAAUGAACGUUGCCGUGGUCCGGCCACUAGUAGACCAUCUUUACGAUCCGGACGAUGUCUCGGUGGUGUUCUGCUUAUUGGUGAAUCGAGUUCAAUUCUUACGCGAACAGUCGUAUCAGGCACAUCACAACACAGUCAACGUCACAAGAGCGCAUCUAUGCGAGCUCGUAGCAGCUCGAAUAUUACGACGCUUCGACGAAGAUCAUGAAGGCAGAAUGGGCCUUUUGACAUUGGCCAACGUCUUGGUUGCAGGCUUCGAGCCAUUCCAGAACGCACCUCGGGAAGUGGCUCGUGAGCAUCGCACAGAACUGCACUGGUCAAUAAGAUGGCAUUUGGCGAGGCCCGAAUAUCAGCGAAUGCUGACUGCGUUGGAAGUUGCUAUUGUCUCGGAAGCCAAGAGCUUUCUGAGCGCUUCGGCAUGCCAGAAGAUCGUAGAGAAUGUAUACCGAGGGCGGAUCAUCUACACGCCUACGUCGUUCAUCGACAUCAUCCCAGACCACUACAAGAACCGCGGAAUCACCCUGUACGACCCGCGAAGAGCGCCAAUUCUGAAUCAGUACCGGCUGAUAGUCCCUCGCACGAGAAACAUCAUCGAAGGGUGCCAGUUCGUCAUACUACUUGUUCUCUAUGUCGCGACAAUGCUCAGCAAGUCCCGGACAUUCGGACGACAACAUACUCAAUUCACCAAAAUGGAACUCGUCUUCAUCAUCUAUGCCAUUGGCUGGAACUUGGACGAACUGGCUUCAAUAUGCGAGCACGGCUGGACUGUACACACCGAAAACCUUUGGUCUUUCCUCGACAUCACAUUCGUUCUCAUAUUCAGCGUCUAUUUCUGCACUCGCAUGCACGGACUAGUGCAGAACGAUCCCACGAUCGGUUGGCUGGCAGAAGAUAUUCUCGCCAUGGCAGCACCUGUCCUCUUACCACGACUGGCGUUCUGCUUGAUGCCAGAGAAUAUGCUCUUCAUCUCCUUGCGAGCCAUGAUGUCAGACUUCACCUUCUUAACAGUUAUUGCCUGUUGGUGCUUCGGCGGCUUCAUCCUCGCAAUGUGGUGGUUAUCCGAGACGCAAGAGGGUUUCCUCACUCACACUGUCCUCACUAUCUCAAAAUGGAUGCUCUGGAUCUGGUUUGGCCUGGAUGGGACUGGCAUUCAACGUAGCGUCGAGAUGCACUGGUUCCUUGGACCUCUGCUGAUGAUCACAUUCGCUUUUCUGGGGAACACGCUCUUCUUGACGAUCCUCGUGGCCAUGCUUUCAAAUACUUACAACAGCUUGUCCAGGAAUGCCACAGCCGAGAUCCAAUUCCGACGCGCGGUUCUCACAUUUGAAGGCGUCAAGUCAGAUUCGUUAUUCGCAUAUCGUCCACCGACGAACGUCCUCGCGUUCAUGACUUUACUCCCGCUCAAGUUCGUGCUCACACCGCGUUGGUUCCACAAGGUCAACAUCACAGCAGUGCGUGUCCUCAAUGCGCCGAUCUUACUACUCAUUUCCUGGUACGAGCGCCGCUACCUCUGGAAACGUGCUCGCUUCCUCUCACCUCCUCGCAAGCACACCUGGCUCAGCAUGUGGGAGCGUUUCGGUGCACACGGAGACUUGCAAGCCGUAUUCGACGCAGACCCACCACAGGAAAUCUUGGAUGAAAUGGACGAUGUCGAUGAAGUGCUUUCGGGAGACUUGUAUGAUGGGUUAGACUAUUUGAGCGCUUUGCGGGCACGGAGAGGCUCUAGGAGUGGCUUUAGCGAGGCGAGUGGCGUUUUUGGUUUUUCGAGGUCAAGGAGCAGGAUGAAUGGGUUUAGGAGGAGGGGAACGAGAGGUACGAUGGGAACUACGGGGACGAACGGUGAGGAGGGAGAAUUGCCAAUUCCAGACCCGGACGACACUGCGCAGCGGAUUGAUGGCGAGGCGGUGUGAUACAUUUUGAGUAGGUGGAGAUUUGUAUUACUAGCUCUCUGCUACGAGAACUUCUUUUCUGGACGUGGCCCAGACGGGGCUGUCCCUAUCAUAGUUGCGCCACUGCGCAGUCCAAUCGCAGCCUCGCAGUAUGCAACUCGCAAAGUCAGACCGCGCU